ACAAAUGUCAACGCAGACAAAUCAAGCGCGUAACGUAGUUGGGUUCGAGGUAUCGGAUAUUGGGGGUCUUCGAAGAGUGUUUGCGAAACCAACUUUUAACAGUGAAAAAUUUGCGAAAAAUGUAUCCAAAAAUGGAGAUACGGCUACUAGCAAUAUGCUGGAAAAAGUUAACAUUAUAUCCUCUGAAGCUGCCAGCAAGAUGAAACGUGCAGUUUUUGAAAAUUACAAACUGUUUAUUAAGGCUGGUAAAGCCGCUAGCCAAUUAGAAAAUACAAUGCACCAAAUUCACAACGAAUUUACUGAGAAGCAACGUGUAAUGAAUACUCUUACUGAGCUAUCUUUAUUUAACGAACGUGCUGUGUCCAUAUCACAGGUUGAUGAAAAAACUGAAAACUUACCCUGUAGUGAGCAUUCUGGAAUUUCGGCAACCCAAUUGGCCGAACUGGUAGAGGGAGCUUCCGUUUUGGUUGGGGAUUCAAGUCGUCGUGUUAUAUUUGAUGGGGAUCUGCGCGAAUUAAGUAUGAAUGAUUUCACUUUUGUUUGCAUGGCUCGGGUCUUUGUAUUAACAGAUACUUUGAUUAUUGCAUAUCACAGUCAAUCUGGUUCCUCGUACCCAUAUCGUCUUCAGUCAACGUAUGAUUUGAACAACUUUGCUGUGGCUAAUUUUCCUCCCAUGGAUCGCCUUCAAACUCCAAAUAAUGCGUUUAAAUUAAUAGUUUUUCCUACUAAUCGUCUUUUCCAAACUGAAACGCCCGGUGACAAGAAACGUUGGUUAACAUUAUUGGAUGAAGCGAUGCGUAAAUAUCGAAAUACUAAUUCGUAUGUUGCAUCAAAUUUAAAAUCCGAUUCCCAUAUUACUACAAAUUCUUAUGACGUUUUGGAUCACAAUUCUAUGAAGUUGAGUAUGUUACCUCCAAAGGUAUCUGCUGAAGCUGUUGUUGCUGGUCAUAAAGCUUUGUCUUCCACUUUACCUGAUUGUGUAGACCUCUUAACACCUAUCGAUAAAUUGGACUUGUCUGCUAAAAAAAAUCCUUUUGAUGAUUCCCAUGAAACUGUUAAAUCUCCCAUGGCAAAAGUUGGAACUCAUAAAUCUCGACAUAAUUGGUUAUGGGAUGUACCAGAAGAUUUAGAUGUAGCAAUUUCUGAACGAAAUUUUCAACAUGCUACUAAUUUAAUUGUAAAAGCUAAAGAAUCAUUAAAUCAAAUACUGACUGGAGAUAUAUCAAAACCAUCUAUGGAUACAAAUAUACAGUCAUCUAAUUCUAGUACACCAGGUCAAAUAUCUGAUACUGUUGAUCAUAGAUCUAAAACAGAUUGGGAGAAAUUAUCUAAGCGUAUUGAACGUAACGAACGAAAUCUUACAGAAUCUUUGCAAUAUGAAUUAGUAUCAGCAGCUUGUAGACAUGGCGCUCCUAAAUCCGUGAAAGCAGCUGUUUCUCAAUUAGGUUUACUUGGUAAAGCAUCUCUUGCAGCUGAAUUAUUUCUAGUUUAUCGUUCACAAGUAAUGACAAAGUCUUUAACACAUGGUGUACAUCAAGAAGGCAAUCAAUUAAUCUAUUUAAAUAAAUUAUCGCUUACUUUCCAUCGUAAUUUAGCUGAAACAGCUGUAGAAUGGUGUCAAAGUGUAGUUAAACCGUUGGGUGAAAUUCUUGCCUCAAAAACUAAUGGUAUAUCACCGCAACAAUUUGAAAAUAUCUGUUCUUUAAAAUUUUAUAGUUGGGCAUUGGAUGAGACUGAGAAAUUCGGUCAACAACUUCGUGUUCUACUGAUCGAUAGUCAUGCAGUAUCAUUUUAUUCAAUGGCUUAUGCUGCUCAACGAAUUAAGGCACAUGCUGAUAAGCUUACUGAAUUACUGAGUGUUGAUAUUUCUUCUACUCUCAAUCGAAGCUUAUCACGUGCAUGGAAACGUGCUGCUGAUGAACAGUCACGUUUACUCUGUGAAGCUGUUGAAAAUCGUGCAAAAGUAACUAUCGUAUUUUUCAGUCCAUAACUUGUUAUUUUAAUAAUAGAAAACUGAUGUCAAUAAAGUUUUGCUUACAUUAAGCUGCUUCUUAAAUGUCGUAAAAGAAAAAGAUCAAUCUCAUAAUUACUGGUCAAGUUACAACUGGUCUUAGUCAUCAAACUUAUGGUCAAAAAAACAAGAGAAUAUGUUAGUUGUUGUGUAAGAUACUUCGGUUCGUUCUCAACCUGGUUCUCCUAUGUAGAUGCAGGACAGACUUUACAUGAGGCGUAAUACAGUGCUCGUGUUUAAUUUCAGCUUGUCUUUAUUACAUGCCACUCACCAAACGAGAGUUAUAUUAAGAAUCUUACAUCCUAUUGAAUCAUUUGGACUGUGAACUUGACCGCUACUAUCACGAUGUGGUGAUCAAGCUUACUUAUUUAAGCUGUAAUACUGAAAAUUCUUAUUUAUUAAGAUCCUAACAUGCUAGAAAAAUUGACUUUAGUAUUUCAGAUUUAAAAGCACCACUUUUCAGACUGUAAUUAAUUUGGAUAAGAAAAAGUUUUCAAUUAUGAAAUCGUGCUUUUGGAUCAACUGAAAUAUCACAGUCGUAAGAUAUUUCUUAUAAAUAACUCAAUCAUGUUGUCCUCUCUCUUUGAAUAGGAGGGGAGUAAUUAAAACUGACGCUGAAGUUUGCAAAACAUACCCUUACCGCUUAUCUUUUGUUUCCAAUGACAUGAUUCUUUAAAAGAGAAAUAAAACUCCCCAAGUACCGUCACAUCUAAAAACGCUAUGUUUGACCAAUGAUUAGCAAGUAUCUUCUGAGUAUCCUCCAGUUGACUAAUUACAAGUGUCAGCUAUCACUCACUAAUUCAGAUUUUCUUUAGCUUAAACUUUCCAUCUAUUCAUCAGCAAUCAUCAGUGUUUUUUUGUCCUGUCUUUAUUACCGUCUCCGUUUUAAAUAUCCAUUUUAUAGUUUCUGCUGUUUUCAAAGUAUCAUUUCUCGUCGCAUUAAAUGACAGUUGUUUAUUUAGUACUGAUGAUUCCAACAUCUACAGGCUAUAUCCUAUUUAACAAUGGACUUAUAUUAGGAAUCACAUUUUAAGAUACGGGUAUUUGUUAUGCUCUUUGGAAUUAACACGGAAGAUCCACUUGAGGCUAUUCACUCGAACUUGUCUAGUUGGUAUGAUGAAUUAAUACCAAUCUCUCAAUGGCCCUAUGGGAUUAUAAGUAAUCGGUUCUUGUUAACUGUCCGAGGUGUGGAUACCAUUCAGUUUUGGACAUUUGGUGAUCAAUCGUUUAAACAGUUUUCCGUUGAACGGACCUGUACGAACUGAGAGCACUGUAAAUUGGAACAAAACCUAUAAGUAACAUUUGGUUAUACACCUGAUUGCAGUUCAAAUAACAUAAUAAAUGAGUUUUAUUGAAUUUUCUGUAGUAUUUCUUCGAGGACUCUAAUAUGUAAAUGUACCUUAAUUUAAAGGCUGCUGUACUAUGAAACUGAUAAAAAUGUGAAUUGUAUUGAUUUCAUCUUCGGAGUUAUGCGCGGACGAAUAACUAAUAGUAAGUGUCUCUUGCGAUUUAUUUCAAGUUGAACAAUUCUGUCUGUAUAACAGUGGACCUUAUGUCACGACAAAAGUAGCAAACUAAACGUGACAACAAUCAGUCAUAUGACAGCCAAAGUCACUGUGAAGAUAUGAAUUUAAAGACGUUAUCGCGAUUAUUUUCAUACAAAAAUUCCAACAGUCAUUUACAAGAAACUGAGGCGUCAUUAGCAAUUCCGUCUCAUAUUAACGAAUGAGUUGGUAAAUGCAACUUUACACUCCUGUUUGCCUAUUUUGAUUGACUCAAUUUUACUCAUACACAACCGUGACUGGUGAUAAUUGUAAUAUAAAUAAAUGUUCACACUACCAUACACCACACCACGUUAUAUUCUGAUAUUGUUUACAAACAAAUACAUACACUUCUCUGUUGAACGUUUAAAAUAAAUUUUUCAUUCUCUAUUUUGUAAUCACUUAAUAUACACUUGAAGAUUACAGUUAAAGUACUUGUCAGUGUAUAUAGUGUGUUUCUGAUUUAUUUUCUCAGCAAGAAUCUUGGGAAACUUUAUCAAAUCUACCUAAAGGGGAACAAGAUAAAAUCAUUGCAGAUCUAUUGGAAUUUGGAAUACUCAACCAAUAUACCGCAGCUGAUUAUGGUUUAAAAUUAACAAUGAGUACAUAUUACCUUAUUCGGUCUCUACGACAAUUUAUUCAAAGUGUCCAUCUAUUAAAUUGUUCCGAGUUAGAUUUAACUUUAAUAUCGUGUUUCGUACAAACAUUAAAUUCAGAACUUGAUUGUUUUGAACGUGUUUCACCUAUUGAUAUUUCUGAUCCGGCUAGACAAUCUAUCAUCAUAAUCAAUUUAGAAUUUUUAAUCAAAACCAUUGUGCCCAAAUUUGGUAAUAUUUUAAAUUGUUCCGAAAAUUCAACUAUCCAACAACUGGUCUCCAGUUUGAAGACGUCACUUCAAAAUAUUAAAGGUUUAGAAGAGGAAGAAAUAGUGGUGGUGACGACGGCGGCGAAAAAAUCGAAUGUUGUUGUUGACGAAGAAGGAGGUGAUGUUAUAUAAACCUUUUUUUCUCGUUGACCAAGGCAAUGGAAGGGAUUCCUUUCCUCUGUUUUAUUUUCUCUUUUUUUUAAUUAAACUCUUAUUUUGGUAUGUUUUAAUAGUUUGACAGCUGUGUCUUGUUUUAUUGAUAUUUUCAAUUUUAUUUAUUUGAAAUAAACAUUUGUUUCUCCAUUGUGAUAAUAAUGAUCAACACUUAAAAUCAUUCUUUUCAAUU